GGCACAAACAAUACUCCGCUAUAGGGGUAUGACCAAUGUGCACCCAUUCCACCCAGGUAUCUUGCCAUUUCUCAAAAGGGCACGGUUGGACCGGAUUAGGCAUUUUAACGGCAUCAAAGUCGAUCGCCAACUCAUCACCGCAUUAGUUGAGAGAUGGAGAAAGAAAACCCAUUGUUUCAACUUUAGAGAAGGAGAGGCCACCAUCACGCUAAAGGAUGUCGCCAUCCUAACCCAUCUACCCAUCGACGGCAAACCAGUGUGCGCGAGUGAUCAUCCAUCCGAGGAUCGUGACGGUAUGCCCGGUUGGGUUUAUUUCAUCCACAGUGUUUUGAGGGUGAAAGUACCAGUCAAGGGGAGCGUUGAUGCGACCGAUCGCUUGCCACCAAUGAGGAAACACCAAGCCUCAAUUACUUGGUUGACGAAGUAUUUUAGAGACCAUUACGAAAGUCAUCCCCUAACUGAGAAAAGUCCGGAGGAUGAGAAGGAAAGAUAUGCUCGUGUCUAUCUCAUAGGCAUGAUCGGAUGAGUGUUCUUCUCCAAAAAAAUCAAGCAAUCUCCUUAGCUGUGGAUGGCUUAGGAUCAUCCUCGGUAGUUGGGAGGAGAUGGGGGAGUUUAGCUGGGCAUCUGCUUGCCUAGCUAAUAUCUACCACAAUUUGUGCAAUGCGUCUCUAAAAUCUGUGAGGGAGGUCGCCGACGUAAUGUUCAUCGUUCAAUUUUGGGCUUGGGAGCAUAUGUCAUGGAUUGCACCGGUCCAACGUCCCGACGGGGAUUGGCCAAUCGAUCAUCCCCUAAGAGGUGAAGCUUAUGGUACAAGUUAUCCAUCCCAUACGGGUAAUGGGUACCCGUUUCCCAUAUGGGUUUGGGAUAUGGGAUGGACUUUGGUCUCCAAAUGGGACUGGGUACCCGUUUAAAAUGGGACGGGUAUCCCGUCCCGUUGCUCACCCUUACUUUUGGUAUAUUUUUUUUGAAUUUUUGAAUAGAUGAAUCAUUAAUCU